UCUGGGUGCAAAAUUUAGUGACUCAUGUUACUCCACGUUGUUGUGCGAUCGAGAUUCGAAAAGUGUGUAUUUUUUGAAAACAUCUUCAUUUGACGACUGUAUACUAGCGUAGUGGAAGUAUCUUUGCUAUUGUUAUGCCUAACAUUAUAAACUGAUUUUGAAUUGGGAGUUUACAAAAUAUCAAGUAACUGUAAUACAGUCGUAAUCAGUGAGCGAUAAUCAUCAGUAAAAACGAGUAUCAUGGAGAUGACGUUUUACGACGAUUCCCAAUUUCGUUUCGUAAAAAAUGAUGGUAAGAGUCUGAAACGCCCUGCUACCUUAGAUUUGGAUCCUGGUGCUGCUACCAAAAAACAGAAAGUCAAUGCUCUGCUUACGUCUCCGGAUCUAAACAUGCUGAAGCUAGGAUCACCAGAACUCGAAAGAUUCAUCAUAGCUAAUUUAGCUAAUGGUAAUUUGUCUACACCCACUCCAUCGCAAGUACUGUUUCCAAAAAAUGUCACUGCAGAACAAGAACAGUAUGCUAGAGGUUUCCUUGAUGCAUUGAAUGAGUUGCAUCAUAAUCAAAAAACUUCUUUGGAACAAAGUACUGACCUGCUAACUUCAGAAAACAACUCAGGUACUCUAGCAAAACUUUAUCCAGGAGUUGUGCCAUUCUACUUUCAACCUAUGACAACAGCCAGUGUCAUUAAAUCAUCUGGAAAAAGUGUGUUACAAACAACGGCACCUAUUAUUAGACCUCCGUCCGUGGAUAACACCAGUAGUAAUAGCUGUAACAGCAACAGUUUGCCAGUUCCCAUAGACAUUGCCAUCAAAGAAGAACUUCAGACAGUUCCAAAUGACUUUUCAAGUCCACCAGUCUCUCCUUUGUGUAAUGCUCCUAUUGAUAUGGCAGAUCAGGAACGCAUCAAAUUGGAAAGGAAACGUCAUCGUAACCGCAUUGCAGCUAGCAAGUGUAGAAAACGAAAAUUAGAAAAAAUAUCUCAGCUAGAACAGAAGGUGAAAGAACUCAAAGGAGAAAAUUCGAAGCUAGAGGCAGUGGCAGAUUCUUUACGUGAACAAGUAUGUAAUCUCAAGCAACAGGUAAUGGAACAUGUGAAAAAGGGAUGCCAAAUUAUGGUUGCCCAUGGCUUAUGAGUGUCAUGGUUGUGCAUUUGUGAAAACAGCAUUUUUUUUCCUCAAGCAUUCGUUCCAAAAGUAAUAAAUACUUUGUGCCUUCAUUUAGCAUUACCAUGAUCAGAAUCAGAAUUCAUUCAGUGUAUCAUUAGCCAAGAUAAGAAAAUGUAGCUUUCAAAUGCAAACAAUUUUGUGCCUUAAAAUGGUAACAAUUUCUUUAAUAAUCAUUUAUUAUAAUGAUUAAGCUGCUAGUUAGAUAUGCUGAAGUAUUUCAUAUGUAUUCAAAUUCUUAUUCACUCAUAUUGUGUUUCACUUGCAUCAUUUUAUGAAAUUUUUAGUAAUUGAUAUUUUUAUUUGGAAAAAAUUAUUUUUUAAUAUUUUUCUAUUGUAACAGAAAUCUUGGUAUAUGAUAUGAUCUAUGUAAGAAAUAGUUAAAAACAAAAUUCUAAAACUUUUUGUAAUAUUUAAGCAAAUUUAUAUAUAGUCAGGUAUGAAAUGAAAUAUGAAUUUAAAUUUUUACACUCAGAAAACAUAGAUGCUAUUUACUUUGAUCAUUUUUUUUUCCAAUGGUGGGCACUUGCCUGUGCCAACAUUGGCUACUCCUAAGGCCAGAUCUGGUGCUCUCUUUAUUAUGGAGGCACCUGCACCUAAUAGGUGGGCCACCUUUACCUCCUAUGAAGGGACAAACAAUUUACAUCCAUGCUUUCUUCGCGAUUUGAACCUGGGCCGUACGAUAUCACAGUGAGGCUUCCCAACCACUAUACCGUCUGAGCAGCUUUACUUUGAUCAUUAGUGUGAUAGUAACUCGUGUUUAAUCGAUCAAUCAAAAAUAUAUGAAUUUGCCUUUUUUAAUAAUGUAAUUUUUGGUUCUAAUAAGGUUCUGUAAUGAGUCAAGAAAUUGCAUGUAUAAAAAUUACAUCUUUGUAUCAGAAAAGCCGUCAAGUGAUUUUUCACUGGACAGUUGGUAGUUUGUAUUCACCCUUUUCUGUACUACAUUGUAACUACUAUUCAUAGAAAUGUGAGGAAACAUUGCAUCUGCUGCACAUGUAAUUAAAAAAUAAUGCCUAUUUUCAGUUAUCCAGUACAAAAAUUUGGUAAAUUUGUUUAUAUUAUGGAACGAUAGAUCGCGUUUUAUCAAACAUUUUAUGCAAGAUAUGAACAUAUAGGAAUUCAAGGAUAUUAUAAAAGUUUAAGGUUGAUAUAUUUAAGAAAAAUCUAUAAUGUACUAAUAUAAAUGUAAAAUAAUAGUAAGUAAAUCUUGUUAAUGCAAGGAGUUCUCUCCUUGUUUCUUGGAAGAUUUUGAAAAGCUAUUAAUUUUUAUUAGGGUACAUCUUUUAGCUGAUACAUUUAUGUAUGUCUUAGUUUUUCAUAUCGUAUCCCAGAACUUAUCUUUUAAUUGAUUGAUUAGGAUAGGUGUUUUUAACAUGUUUCAGAUUUAUAUUGCCUUGUUUUGUUCUGAGUGAUCCUAAUAUGUAGCAUCUACGUAUGCCAUCAUUAAAUAAAGAUUUUGUUAAUGGUAAUUAAAUGCAUGUAUUAUUAUUUAUAAGUCUCAGUAUGAAAAAUGUAGAUGCCUUAAGCUGCAGGAGAAAUACUAAUGUAAAAUUUCCAGCAUUAUUCAGAUUAAAAGCUUAAAAAUUUGAAAAGUGAAAUAUCUACCAUUUAAAGUAUAGCAAUCUUACGUUGAAUUUGUUAUUUUGAAAUGUGUAUGCAUUGUUAUGUUUAAUUAAAGUCAUUAGGAAUAACAUCAAAGAAUAUUUUCAAAAUGCAGAUUUUUUUAAAUUUUUGUUGCAUAUUUAAUUCUAUUAUAAGUUCUUUUCAUUCAGUUUCGUAAAAUUUGCAUCACCUUUGGUUUUCUGAUAAAUUGUUUGUUAUGCCAUACUUUGUAUAUACCAUAUUUGUAUAGUAUUGAUACAUAUGAAGGUACUGCAAGUCACUCAUAUUGAAAUACAAAUUUUGGACUGAUAUUUUGAAAAAUAUGGACUACAACAUAGCAGUUUUUUUUGAAUAUGUUCAUCCUUUUUAUGAGCUCUGUGAUAAUGCAUUUCUAAUCAUGCAAGUAACAGUCAGAAUUGUAUUGCUAAAAGAUUUUGACAAGCUUGCAUAAUUCAUUUUUUUAAAUGAUGACUUGUAUGAUAUUUUGUAUAUAGUCUGAUAGUUGCCAUUUUAAAUAAAAUUUUAGAAUGUAUUGUUUAUUACUGAAA